GGUGCGGAGAGGACACAGAGGACCCGCCAUCCUGCCGAUAAGUGACGUGUUGUUUCGUGAAUACAUAGUUCUUUGAUUAAAACAAAAAAAAUAUAUUAAAUAACAAUGUUUCUUGUCAUAAUCCUGUUUGUCACAGCUACAUUCGUGACCUGUGAAGAAGAAACUAUGAAGAACUUAACAACAGUUACUUGGGCGCACGCCGUCAACAACAAAACAUAUUUGGAAGCUGCCUUAGCAAGUGAAGUUGCAAUGCUAGAAGCCGACAUUGUUUUGGGACAUCUAACAGGCCACGACGGUCCUCCAAUACCAAUAAUGGCUCAUCCUCCAGCAACCACGUCAGAUCUGUCAUUGGCUGAAUUUCUGUCGACGGUGGCACAAUAUAACAACGUUAAUAAUAAACAGAAAGGAGUUAAGCUUGACUUUAAAAGUAUUGAAGUGCUUUCUAAGAGCCAGGAGCUGAUCGCUCCUUACAGUAAACCUCAGGUGACUUUCCCAUUAUGGUUAAAUGCCGACAUUCUACCUGGUCCAGUAAAAGCGACAACAACCCCCGUUGAUCCCAUCAAAUUCAUAGAACUAGGUGCGAAUCAUCCUCGCGCUGUGCUAUCUAUGGGCUGGACCACUAGAUACGGUGGUAACAUCACCGAGGGGGAGUAUACUCCUGAACAAAUUGGUUCAAUGCUGAGAUUAGUCAAUGAACAGAAAAUCAAUCAGACUAUCACAUUCCCAGUGCGCGCAGGUCUUGCCUGCAAUAGUCAACCGGUACUUUUGGACCUGCUUCGGGAGACAGCGUCCUUGAAUUCCUCAAUGACUGUCUGGUCCAGCGAAGGAGACUCCGUGGAGGUCGGCCGUCUGAAGGCUCUCAUCCUGACCGUGGGACUCGAAAGGACAUACUUGGACGUACCACACGAUCUGGCUGCCAAACUGAACCUACCUUCGACUGAUAAAGUCAAACACUAAACAUAGCAAUUACAAAUAAACAAUGUAUUACAUUUUUCAUUAAUAAAGUUUCUUUAUUCUUUUUUUUUCUGUCGGCAUAACUUUGUAGUUAAAAUAAAUGAUAAUU